AUGAAGUCAUAUACUAUCAUUUGGAUGUUUAUAAGCGUUGGUAUAACAGCCACAAGUAUUGGCUUUCUUACAACAUUAACUACUUAUAAGAAAUGCACAGAUUUUCACGCUGAACGCUUCACAAAUAGUGAUUCUCUUUCUUACAAAACCAAUCUUGCACAAUGGAAUUAUUCGGAUGUUCUCAAGAACGUAGAAAUUUGGGGUUUAUCCACUCUUCCAAGGAUGAAUACAACUGCUUAUAUAGUGAAUAGAUUAACAAUAACAUAUGACAGUUCAAAUAAUGCCAAUGCUAAUUUUGCGCCUUAUGAUUUUGGCUACUCCGGUAUAGUAGGAAAUGCUACGAAUAAUAAAACAUCUUAUCCACUUGUUAGCCUCGUCACUGCUGUUGAUAGUAAUACAGCCACUUACUUUGUUAUUUAUGAAGAGAAUAAAGUUCCUACAACAGAAUGCUUAAGCGCACCAAUCACUUGUUUUGUUGAUCAGUCAAUUAAUUCUCCUUUUACUUCACUUUCUCAACCUCCAAUAAUGGCACCAUAUGGCAUGAAUGAUACGCUUAGUAUUAAUCCUCAUCUACGAUUUUAUGUUUGUGAAUAUAGUAACAAUGAUGCUUACUCUUAUAAGUGGGCUGUGAGAUAUGCUCAAGUAGCAUAUAAACUUGUUUUCGGAUUGGAAUGUGCAAAAUUUACUCUCAUACUUAUCUUUGGUCAAUGUUUAGCUAAUUGUCAUCAAUAUUAUCUUAUAAACUUUACCAAUGAUUCAAUUAUUUGGAUCAUGGUAUUUUUACUUAAAGGAAAGUAUCCCCAACUUGAAGAAGCUUGGAAUGCUUUGGAUGAAGCUGUUGAACACAAACCAAAAAGACAUUUGUUGCGAAUUUUAUGUAAUACUUUCCUCCAUUCGAUACCGAUGAUAGUUUUAACAAUUCAGA